UAGUCAAAAAAUCGACUUUUAGAUCCCAACUUCUUCUUUUUCGGUAAAAAAAACAAAUUUUCGCGUAUAAAAAAUGUGUUAAAAGGAUAACAUAGUGCAAUUUCUCAACAAAAUGUAAAAAAUAUUAUCAAUUUUCUUCAAUAUUCAAAAGACGAUCUACACUAAAACCUGCAAAAUCAUUAGUGACCGCUGUUCCACCUUUUUGUUGUCGCUGCUGUGUUUCUUUGGGGAAAAAUUUGGUUUUCUCUUUGGGAAGGGGGUAGACAGUAGACGUCAGAGGACAAAAAAAAACUGCUCUUGAAGCGGUCAUUGUUGUGUCUUUUGUGUGCGAGUGUUACAAGAAACAGGAACAAAGUUAUCGUUUCGUCGGAAUUCGUGUUCAAGUGCUGCUCUUCUUUGCUUGCAAAGGAGGAGUUAGUUGUACUAGCCUGUGAGCAAUAUCUUUUGCUUUUAGCGCUUUGUGAAAUAUCCUUCUGCCGCCCGUUCUUCACUUCCAAGCAUCAUACUUCUUACGCUGUCGGACAUGAUGUCCGACCUGUCGGGAGGACGAACCGAUGAUGAUAAACCUCUAAUUUCAAUACUUAUUAACCACAAUGUCUUAGAGGUUAUCUUCUCCUAUCUGGAUUUGAGAGAUCUGGGAAAUUGUGCUACUGUCUGCCGCAGUUGGAAACAUUUCCUAGACGAUGAGAACAGUGAUUUUUGGCGUUCGCACUGUAUACGUAAAUUGCCUGAGGAGGCGCUGAAAUCCGAUCUGAUGUCUUCGUUACCCACGUAUAAGAUGAAAUUGCGAGCAUAUUAUCAUUCAUGGAAUCCCAAUGAUUGCUCGCGAAAUGUAUAUAUCAAGCCAAAUGGCUUUACACUACACAGAAAUCCCGUCGCUCAAAGUACCGAUGCAGCGAGGGGUAAAUAUGGAUUUCGUCAGGGACGUCACACCUGGGAAGUAAUUUGGGAGGGACCAUUGGGCACAGUUGCAGUUGUAGGUAUAUCAACGAAGGAAGCAGCAUUACAAUGCCAUGGUUAUGUGGCCUUAUUAGGAUCGGAUGAUCAAAGUUGGGGAUGGAAUUUAGUUGAGAAUCACCUACUUCACAAUGGAGAUGUCCAAGGAAGUUAUCCAUUAUUAAAUAAUGCACCUAAAUAUCAGGUCGGCGAAAGAAUACGAGUAAUAUUAGACUGCGAUGAAAAUACAUUAUCGUUUGAAAAAAAUUAUGAAUUUUUAGGCGUUGCAUUUAGAGGACUACCGGAUAAAAAGUUAUAUCCCACGGUAUCUGCGGUUUAUGGCAAUACGGAGGUUUCUAUGGUUUACCUAGGGCCACCAUUAGAUGGUUAAAAUAUUAGUUCUGUUUAGUUAUUAAGUUUAUAAAGCAAUUUUUUUUAAAUAUUUGAAAAACAAAACAAACAAAAUGUCUGUCUAUCUGAGAAACAAAAACAAGAUGAAAUCCUAAAUCAUAAAAAAAUAUUUAUCAUCAGACAAGCAUACAUUCUCAAAAAAAAAAACAAACAAAACACUUGAAUUUAAAAGAAAAAAAAUGAUGAAAAAGAAAGGAAGAAAACUAAAAUUGACAUGAACAAUGGGGCAUCCAAAUUGCAAAAAAAAUCCUUAAUUCCUUUUAUCCCUUCAAAACUUAACUAUAAACUUAGAAAAACAUAGUAAAAGCAAAAUAGUAUAAAACAAAACAAAACACAGCAAAGGAGACAAAACAAAACAGGAAAACCAAAUUAUUUUUAAGAGUAUACUGAAGGCCUUGUAUUCGUCACUGUUAAUUUUUUUUUAGAAACACACACCAAACACACGCCCAUUUUUUAUAAACUUGUACUGAUAUCUUUAUAUAUGAUGUAUGUAUUGAUGUGGAGACGAGGAGAAAUCCUUGCAUGGAAGCGUUUUCGAGUAGUAAUUGUAAUAUUUAUUACAUUUUUUUAUUCUGCUUGUUUUCUUGUUGUGUUUAGUGAAUUUUUUCCAAUUCCUUUGUGAGAUUUAGUGCAAAAGAAGCAUUUAAUUUAUAGUAUAUGUAUUUAUCAUAUGUAGGUAUGUAUGUAUGUACACCAAGUACACACCCACACAAUACUGAGUUGUCUUGUUUAAUUUGUUUAUUAAUUUUUUUUAUUAUUGUAAAGGUGCUAGUCUUGCUUAAGUUGUAUUUUUUUUUAUUAGUUUUCUCUUUUUAUUUUGAAUAAAUAUACAUAUUAAUAUAUAAUUGUAAAAAAAAGAUGAGAAGAAAUUUAAAAAGAAACAAACCAACAAACUCAAAACCACAAAUUCAAUUCAGCCUGCAAUAAUGAAAAUG